AUGACCCAUCGCCGCCAUCCCGCCCUGCCGCCGGCGACACUGGAAGACGACGACCUCCUCCGGAAGAUUUUCCUCCUCCUCCCGCCUCAGCCCUCCGCAUUUCCCCGCCUCUCCCUCGUCUGCAAGCAAUGGCGCGGCGUCGUUACCGACCCCCAAUUCCUCCGCGGCUUCCGCGACCACCACAAGAAACCUCCCCUGCUCGGUCUCGUCAUGGGCUACACCGGAUCACCCUACUUCAGGUCCGAUCUCGACCCUCCAUACCACAUUCCGCACGAGCGCUUCUUCCCCCCAACCAUCCUCGACCUACACAUGAACUUGUUCGACUGCCGCCAUGGACGCGUCCUCUUCUACGACCAUGCGCGGUACGAGAUCUUUGUGUGGGAUCCGGCGACCCGAGACCGCCAUUGCGCGGUCGUCCCACCAUUGUUUGACGAAAAGGAGGUUGGCGCCUAUAACGGCGCCGUCCUUUGCGCUGCGCGCGACGAAGGCCACGUGCACGGCGAUUGCCACUCCAGCCCAUUUCAGGUGGUCUUGAUGGGCAUCAGCGGUGACUAUAAACGAGCGUACGCGUCUGUCUACUCAUCCGAGACCGGCAUGUGGAGUGAUAUCAUCUCAAUAACGAAUCGUCCCAUGUACGACCUGAGGUGUCCCAGUACCCUUGUCGGAAAUGCCAUUUACUGGACGUUUGAUGGAGAUGAGGUUGGCAUACUGGAGUAUGAUUUAGGCAGGCAGAGCCUAGCCAAUAUCGAGAUGCCGCCUGAUCUGGAGUACUAUAGUCAUCUUAGCCUUCGGGUCCUGCUAGCAGAUGAUGGCUGUAUCGGCCUCGCCAUGUUAUCAUACUAUAGAUUCGAACUGUGGGAGAGGAAGGUCAGUUGUGAUGGUAUUGCAGGAUGGGUGCUGCAAAAGCCCGUUAAACUGAAUACGAUACUCGGUCUGGGGCCUAUGGGGGAGUUCAGGAAUCUUGGUAAAGAAAAUUUCACCACUACUAGCUAUCAUCCUUACAGAAGUUUCUAUACUGCAGUGAGUGACUUGGCGGUAUGCGAGAGGAGGACUGGUGGCAUCUCUGCACCUGUGGCAAAGGAGAACACCUGCAUGGCUGCUGCUUCAUGGUCAGUAGGAACUGUCGAAGGAACGUCCGGAAAGUCAAAGAACAUAGAUCAAGGAAUGGAUGCAAAUCUUGUGCCUAGCCGGGUGCUAACACAAACUCGAAUUGACGUGAUAUUCAAGAAGGAGAUGGAGACCAGAUCAAAACUCAGCAAAGCUUGGGCAAAAUGGUUUCGUAGCAAUGGUGUUCCUGGAAAUAAGGCAGACUGCCCACACUUCCGUAAUGCCCUGAAGCUAACACAUCAGCUAGGUACCCGCUUCGUUGUGCCUACAGGUGAUGAAAUAGAUCACGCAAAUCUGGAAGCCAGUGAUGAUGAACUUCCGUAG